AUGGAUCCGACGCCAUGGAGGUUCGAGAUCGAGAAGUUCGAUAGGAAAGGUGACUUUGGACUUUGGAAAUUCAAGAUGAUGACACAGUUAGAGAUUCAAGGCCUGGUAUCAGUACUCCAGAAAGAAACCAGUUUUGAAUCUGAUAUAACAAAGCUAGAAGAAGGUGUCGAAGUAAAGAAAAACCUAAAGAAGGCAGAAAGAGAUCUAAGAGUUAGGAGUCUAUUCAUCACUUGUCUUAGUGAUGUAAUCUUGAGGAAGAUAAUGAAUGAGACUACAACUCUUAGAAUGGUGAAAGCAUUUGAGAGAGACUACCAAUCAAAGUCUUUGCCAAACUUCAUGUAUCUCAAGAAGAAAUUUUCUUGCUUCAGGAUGGAAGAAAAUAAACCAAUGGAAGAGAACUUUUACUCCUCUUUCCUAAAGCUCCUAGCUGAUUUGGCAAGUAUCAAGAUCUACUUCUCAGAUGAAGAUCAAGCCAUUCAACUAAUCUCUGGGCUGCCUACAGCCUAUGAGCCAUUGGUACAUACCAUACAGUAUGGAACCAGGAAAGCCACGCUGACUGUCAACGAAGUCAUCACUGCGGCAUACUCCAAGGAGGCGGAGAUAAAGCAGAAGAGGUUGACAACAAGAGGCAUACACUCAAAGGAUCUUUACAGUUGCACUUUUCAUAUCACGCAACUAAGGGAUCUUCUAUCAGAGUUUGUGGAAUUUGAAGGGAAUAAAGUGAUGAUAGGAAAGAACUCAUUCUGCAUAGUUCGAGGAAUGGGAAAAAUAACCAUAGACAACAAGGAUGGAUCAUCGGUCACAUUGAGUGAAGUUCGUUAUAUCCCAGAGAUGGAGAGAAAUUUGAUAUCCUAUGGACAACUAGAACAGUCUGGUUGCAGCUACAAUGGAAGGGACUAUAUGGUCAGGUUCUACAAAGGAGGCAUGGAAGUGCUGUCUGGAAUGUAUAACAACUGA